UGGCCAGGAACCUUUUGCAGACACACUCUAUUGCUCCCACCCACACUAAAUUUACAGAAGUCAAAAGUUCCUUUUUCAUUUUACAGUCAAACAGUGGGCCUUGUUUAUUUAAUUAUAUCUGAUGCAGUUGAAGGCCUGUUUGAGUAGUUAAGGUCAUAAGCUGGUGCUAUACAAUAAGAGAGGGAGACAUUUUUGGUUUUCGUUGACUGAGAGGAAAUUUUGAAACAUUGUGCAAUGGUGCCGCAAAAGUUUUGAAAGGUUGUGAGAGCAUUUUGCCAGCAUAUCGUCUGAGAGUCGGUCUUGGAGAAGAGGUCUCCAUGUUGCAUCCAUACAGAAUGGAGAGCUAUCUCAUUCCGCCUCACACAGACGAAAUGUACGAUCCUGAGAUCUACAGACAUCAAAUGGCAGAAUAUCCAUAUCCAUAUGUCCUAGAUCCAGAAAGCCAGGCAGACCACUGGGACUACCACGCUCACCCUCAUGUGCACCCGGCAGAGUUCGAAAACCUCCAAGAAAGCAACUUCACGGAGCUGCAGAAUGUGCAGGCUCUUCACCCGUCCGGGCUCAUACGACACGACCCCAUACGAUAUGAAGGUGAAAACAUGCUCGAUCCAAAUCUAGGGGCUCAUCCGCAUGUGUUACAGCAACAGGUAGCAUUCUUCCCUCGGCCCUUGUAUCCCCCGCAUGUGUCCCAGCGCAGCUCUGAUGAUGAGGAGCAUGGAGGACGAAGUCCCCCACUGGAAGUGUCUGAUGAGGAGUGCUUGAGAGAUCGAGUCCCUUAUAUCUCAUCAGGAGAGCUGGGCAAUAAAAAGAAGAUCCGUUUAUAUCAGUUCCUGUUGGACCUUUUAAGAAACGGCGACAUGAAGGACAGUAUCUGGUGGGUGGACAGAGACAAAGGAACGUUCCAGUUUUCUUCCAAACACAAGGAGGCUCUCGCACACCGCUGGGGAAUCCAGAAGGGAAACCGCAAGAAAAUGACCUAUCAGAAGAUGGCUCGUGCUCUGCGCAACUAUGGCAAAACUGGAGAGGUGAAAAAGAUCAAAAAGAAACUGACGUACCAGUUCAGUGAUGAGGUGCUAGGCAAAACCAUCUAGACAGAAAAGCAUACAUAUAGGCAGGAAAAAUGCUGAAAUGGCAGCACUGAACAAUAAAAAGUGUUACUGUAGAUAUUUAAUAAGCCUUGCUGAUGCGAAUUGUAUUAAUAACAACAGUGUUGCUGCACAGUCUGACCAGGUCUUUGAAGGUACUAGUUAAUGCAGCAUAAAAGCUAUGGCCCAAAACCUGCCUUCCAAGACAUGCUGGGGGACCACUUAAUAAGUACAGAAGAAUCACCAUAGAAAGCUCAGUUUGGCUUGUCUGUCUGAACGUUUGGAAAGCAAAAAAAUGCUCCAAGUUAACAUGAUGAAAACAAAGUCAGGACCAAACAUGGAAACGUGUAACAUACGGUCUGCAAAUGUGUACAGAGAUUUGUGAAUGAGUACUUUUGAAAAGCUGUUAUCGCUGGUGUUCCAUGUUGAGGUGGCCGGAGUUGGAAGUGAAAGUCAUGUGAUAUGGGAGGCCUUACACACACACACACACACACACACACACACACACACACACAAAGAAAACAGCAGUAACUAGAAACAAUUCGUGAUAGUUUUAAGCCAAAUACUUUUAAAGUGUGCAAUUUAUUAUGUAUUAAAGUUUAUUUAUGGCUAAAACUGAUACAGUCUAAUGAGUUCAGGUUACUUUAUCAGUGAUGACAGAUAAUAUAAACUCUUAAUAAUGAAAUACAGACAAAUACAGACAAACAAUAUGUACAAAGUGACCAUGAAGCUGAACUGAAACAGCCAAACCACUUCCAGCCACGAGGGCCAAUCAUCAAACUCUAUCGUUUUCAAAUGUGUACACACAUUCAUAAAUCUUUCUUCUUAUUUUUUCUUGUAGAAUUUCUGUUUUGUUGUGUUUGUUUAUGGUGUACUUCUAUUUUUUCUUGUAAAAUUAUUGCCUUUACCAAGAACAAUGAUAGUUUUUCUGUACAUGGCAGGAGGUUAACUUGGUGUUUGCAUUACGACUAAAUCCACAAAUAGACAGAUUGACUGCUUUUUUCCAAAGAUACCAAACUCAAUCAGAUGAACUUACUAAUAAACACUGCAUCUCUCAAAUGUAAAAACAACUGGGAUUUUUUUCAAUUAUUUAGAAUCUAAAGCAAUGUGUUUCUGCAGACUACAUCUGCUUUUGUAGCUUCAUAUUAACAGUACAAACAUGAGCUGUAUGAAUCCUUUCUUCAAACUCUCACUGUGAGAGUGAUUUGACUUGUUUGCUGCCUGUUUAGCGGCUAUAAUUAAAAGCAUUAAGUGAAAGAGACACAUCCCCCUCUUCGGCGGGUUGGAUGUAGGCAUGGUGACAUCCCCUAUGCUAUUUUAAGUGUGGGUGCACACAUACAGCAGACAUGCAUAUUCUGUUUGGAAAUAUGGGAUAGAUUUUCAGUUUUAAAGUCCAAAUUUAUGCUUCGUGUCAUGAAACCACUGUACAAGGCUCAGCCUUCUUUGUCAUGUUGGACAUCCACGAGUUCUCUUUUAGUGCUGAUACUAAUGUUUGUAUAUAAUUACACUGCAUUUUUAUAUUUAAAACACACAAGUAACUAUUAAGUGAUUAGGUUUUAAUAUCAUGGUGUGUAAGACCAUAUACAUAUAUGAAACUUUGUAUGCUAAAAUUACAAAUUGC